AUGUCGAGUAAUAUCCUCGGAAGUUUAACCGCGUUUGACCACAAUUCCCAGGAAUGGGAGAUUUUUAAAAGCAGAUUAGUACAAUAUAUUAAGUUAAAUGGGGUGACGGAGGCAAAUAAGUGUGCCUUGCUUUUAACUCACUUAAGUGACGAGACAUUCCGACUGGUGAGGAACUUAGUGCAUCCGAAGAAGGUCGAGGAUUCUAAGUUCGAGGAGCUAGUAGCAGUGUUAGAUAAACAAUUAGCGCCAAAACGUUGUAUUUUCGUCGAACGGGCGAAAUUUUAUGAGGCGACGCGUGACGUUGCAGAAAACAUCGAACAAUGGGCGGCUCGAGUAAGUGGACUUGCAGUACGAUGCGAGUUUGGAGCCUCCUUGGAUGAGCUGCUUAGGGACAGAUUCGUGCUGGGGCUGAGCGUAGGCCCAGAGCGCGACCGGCUGUUCGAGCAGGAUGCCACGUUGACGUUCGCGAAGGCCGUGGAAGUGGCCCAGAAGGCUGCGUAUGCCAGGAGCGCACGUACUACGUCUGUUCCAGCUGCCGUCGUGCAAGUCAAGCAGGAGCCGAUGUACCGGGUUGGUACAAGUCGCCCUGGUACCGGGGGGUCCUCGGACUCUCGACGCUGCUCCGUGUGCGGCCUUAAGAGCCACGACGCCAGUAAAUGUAAAUACAAGAACUACCGCUGCCAGGGGUGUGGACAAAAAGGGCAUCUAAAAAAGGUGUGCAGCGCUGAGAAGGCAAAACAGUGUCGUGUUAACUGCAUUCAAGCUGACCUCGACGGAUCAGCUGAGGUCUCUCAGAGUGCUGAAGGUUGCAAGGAGUGCGAGCUAUUUAAUUUAAGGUACGUUAACUAUUCACCAAUAUUAUUGGAUGUGGACCUUAACGAUAAAACCUUAACAAUGGAACUUGAUUGCGGUUCAGGCGCGAGUGUGAUAAGUGAUAAAUUAUAUUAUAAAACCCUUUCGGACUCUAAAUUAAAGAAAUGCGAUUUAAAAAUGUGUUUCUACAAUGGUCAUCAAGUCGCGCCACUGGGCUAUUUCACUACAAAAAUAACAUAUUUUAAACAAACGCACGACAUAGAUAUUUAUGUAAUGGAGGAUGGUAGUCGUUUAGGUCUAUUGGGCCGUGAUUUUAUGACCAAAUUUAACAUGUACUUUGCAAUUGAUAAACAAAGAAUUAAUUUUGUUAGUUCGGAAUCGUUUCAAAGUGAGCUACCGCGGUUGCUAAGCGAAUAUUCGAGCCUUUUCAAUGAAGACUUAGGAAAAUUUAACAAAUUUCAAGUAGAAUUGAGAUUAAAAGAUAAUGCUACGCCUAAAUUCUUUAAACCUCGUACGGUCCCUUUUGCUAUUAAAAAUAGGGUAGAGGAAGAAAUUGAUAGGCUUGUUGGUUUAGGUAUAUUGGUACCCGUAAAUUUUUCUAAAUAUGCGACACCUAUAGUGCCGGUUUUAAAGGAAAACGGUAAAAUAAAGAUAGCGGGUGAUUUUUCCGUAACGCUCAAUAAAGAUAUGAUAAUAGAUAGGUAUCCUAUGCCCCGUAUCGAAGAGGUGUUUGCGCGGCUCGGUGGCGGUAACCGUUAUACGAAACUCGACCUUAGUAACGCAUAUAAUCAAUUCGUUCUAUCAGACGACUCACAAGAGCUCACUACUAUAAAUACAUCAAAAGGGUUAUACAAGUAUACGAGGCUCGUGUAUGGACUAGCUAACGCGCCGGCUAUUUUCCAACGCACAAUGGAGACACUCCUAGUAGGUAUAGAAGGAGUCAGCUGUUGGCUCGAUGACGUAUGCGUAACCGGACCUACUGAUGAGUUACAUUUAUCGCGAUUACGAGAGGUUUUAAAAAGGUUUCAUGACUCGGGGUUACGAUUGCAAAAGAGUAAAUGUGACUUUUUUAAAAAUAGUGUAACAUACCUCGGUUUUGUAAUAGAUAAAAAUGGUCUACGUGCAUGCCCUAAGAAAACCGAGGCUAUUUUAAACGCGCCUAAACCGGCUAAUAUCUUAGACGUUCAGCGUUUUUUGGGCAUGGUGAAUUAUUACCGCGGUUUCGUACCUAAUGCGUCAGGCAUGCUGAGCCCCCUCCACGAAUUAUUGCGCAAUGGGGCAAAAUGGCAGUGGGGUUCCCGACAGCAAGAGGCUUUUGAAAGCGUAAAAAAAGAACUGUGUUCAGAUCGGGUAUUGGGUCAUUUUGACCCCGCGGCACAGCUAGUGUUAUCGGUAGAUGCUGGGCCUGGUCUUGGCGCUGUGCUGAGUCAACGUGACCCCCAAACGGGAGCGGAACGUCCACUUGCUUUUGCCUCGCGAUCGUUAACCGCUAGUGAGCGAAAUUACAGCCAAAUUCAGAAGGAGGCUACUGCCUUAAUAUUUGGAGUAAAACGUUUUCACCAGUAUUUAUAUGGUAGACAGGAGCCAUUUAUUUUAAAAACGGACCAUCGUCCCUUAUUAUCCAUAUUUGGUAAAAAGGUGGGGAUAUCCGUAAUGGCGGCGUCUCGACUUCAGCGUUACGCGAUUAUACUGUCGGCCUAUAAUUAUGACGUCCAGUACAUAAGUGGUUCGAAAAAUAUAGUAGCGGAUUAUUUUUCUCGCGCGCCGCUGCCGGAAUGUGAUGAUGAAGAGGAAGAGGGAGAUAUAUCUUUUCUAAAAUUUUUAGAUGCAAAUGUGGCACCAGUAACAUUUGAUGAUUUAAGGAAAGCUACCGAAGCUGAUCUAGUGUUGCAAACGGUAAUUAAGUAUAUGAGCCACGGAUGGCCACGAAAAAUCACUUGCAGUUCAGUUACGCCCUUCUUCAACUGCAAAGCUGACCUGGAAGUAGAUGACGGUUGCUUGUUUCGGGGUCAUCGUAUAGUUAUUCCGACGUCGUAUCGUAAUCAGAUAUUACAAGACUUGCAUUCCGGUCACUUAGGCAUAGUAAAAACAAAGAGUAUCGCGCGUAGUAAAUUGUGGUGGCCUAAAAUCGAUUCCGAUAUCGAACAAUGGAUAGGAUCAUGUGCAACUUGUGUGGCAGCGCGACCCUCCCCGCCGCGCGCCGCGCCCGCGCCUUGGCCUCGCCCGUCGGCCGCUUGGCAUAGGAUACAUAUCGACUACAUGUCAUUUGAGCAGCGGGUAUACUUAAUAGUUAUAGAUGCGUAUAGCAAAUGGCUCGAAUGUUUGUUUAUGAAAGGCGGUACGUCUACACGAUCUCUAAUAAUCGAGUUGAAAGAAUUAUUUUCAAGAUUUGGUGUGCCACAUGUUAUUGUAUCAGAUAACGAUGUUAAAAUUAAGUCGACAGAAUUUGAGCAUUUUUGUGCUAUGAAUGGCAUUAGAUAUGUAACAUCGCCUAUUUACCAUCCAGCAAGCAAUGGGCAAGCGGAAAAUUCUGUAAGAAUAUGUAAAAAGAUGUUAAAAUGUAUAUUAUCUACCGCCAAUUCACAAACAGAUGUACAUAAUAAGUUAUUGGGAUAUUUAUUUGAAUAUCGAAAUACAUCGCAUUGUUCUACUGGCUUAUCGCCCGCGCGAAUCAUGUUUGGCCGUAACUUGAGGUCGCGUUUGGAUCUGGUUUUACCUCAACGUAAAAAUGAUUUUGGUUUCAAAGACCACAAUGAAAAGCAGCAUUGUAGACAUUUUAGAAAGGGGGAUAAAGUAUGGUUAAGAUGGUUUACAGCAAGAAAACAAUUUUGGACUUUAGGUCUCAUACAAAAUAUAAUUGGUAACCGGAUGUUUGAAAUAUAUGUUAACGAUUACAAUGUUUUGUGCAAAAGGCACAUUGAUCAGAUUAUGAGGUAUACGGGGAGCACAAAAUUUGACAGCAAUGUAAGAAAAGGUGAGGACGAUGACAAGUAUACGUGGUUCACUUCGCCACCGCCCUCGGCAUCGCCGCCAUCUUCGCCACCGUUACCACUUGAUCCGCCUCCUUCUCCAGCGACUGUCACUCAGCGGUCGGAUUCAGUUUCCAGUCAAAUAGAAAGUGAGGAGUGUAACACAGAGUUACAGGUGGAAAAAGAGGCGGAGCAGAGUUCCGGUCCGGAUGUGGAACCUGCAUCCUCAUCCGUCGCGGAUAGCGCCCCCGCGCCGCCGCUACGGGUGGGCCCCACCUUGAGGCCUAGAACUAAGAAAAUAGACUAUACCUUGUAA